GUCCCACUCUACCCGACGCGUCCUUCAAAUCUUCUCUCACAGUUUCUGGAGUUCAUGCACAUGGCCUUCCAUGAAGAAUCUGAUAAGGUGACGGAGACUCAGAGAAAGAAGUGUCGACUAAUGGAAAUAGUGCAAUAUACAUGUGAACCAGAAGAGCUCCCUAGUGGAGAAGUUCGUCCUCGAUGCUUUCCUAUCCCUCGCAUCUUUAGGAUAUGCCCUGACCGACCGGCCGUGGAACUCACGAAACUUAUCAAGAUCGACCUCAAGACAGGAGAGAUUGAAAUGCCGGACGAGUCAAGGUUUGUUAUCGGAUGAUGCAUCGUGGCCAUCUAUUUAGUCCAUCCAAUACAGUUCCCUUCUUCCAAAGGGCAA